AUGUUUGAUUUCCCAGAGGCCAAGCGCGUGCGCCGCGAUGAGGUUCGGCCCCGGGCUUCGUCUCGCUCACCGUCCCCAGUCAACGAAUCCAUUCUGCAAGAUGCUCAUACCCGUCUAGGGAAACUGCUUGACCUGGAUGGACUGCUCGAAGCCAGCACGACCGUGAAUAUUCCCGAAGAUACUCCUGAACAAGCAGGUGGUGAGGACGAUGAACAAGAGUUCGAAUUCCGGUUAUUCAGCGCCCCGGCAAAUUUCAAUACCGCACAAACCUCCGGAGAAGAAGCUGGCGAGUCAAAUAAGGUCAGUACAGGGGUACAGAGGCUGCGCAUCAGAUUGCGAUCCCCGACGCCGGGCGAUCCCUCUGAUGGUCGGUUUGUGAAGGCUUCCCGUGGGUGGCAGUAUUACUUUUCCACUCCUUCACUAUGGAGUUCCAGUGUCGAACUGGAAGACCAGACCUCUCAGUCGGAAAAGCGAGAGCAAAUUGAAGAUAUGGCCGUGACAGGCGAGCACAUACUGACCUGGGCCAAGUCACAGCCAUGGCCUGGCUGUCAUAUUCCGUGGAGAGUAAUUCACCUGAAACGCCAUCAAACAAAACUGCCUCGAAAAGAUAAAGACGUUCCUGUCUACGUGAUUGAGGGCGAACCACCAUCGAAAUCCCCCAAAACUCGCAAGAAGCCGGGGAAAAAGCGACGUCUUUUGCUCCGCAAGCGAGCUGUUGCGGCUCAGAUGGCUAAAGAUACAGAGGCUGAAAAGCGGACCCGCAAGAAUCGCGAGCGCAAGAUCAAACGUCGCCAGAAGGCGCGGGAGCAAAAGGCUGCUGCUGGUACGGCUGGUGACACCCUAAUGGUAGACGCUGAUGGAGCUUCUUCAGAAGAUGAUUGA